UCAUAGCAACGCCGUGACGUCCACAUCUCGCGCGAUGAGAUUUGCGGCGUCGCAAUAGCCUGCCGGCCCCGCAGCCAAAGAGCUGGAUGUUGAUGUGGUUGCGGGGCGUUUAAGCAGCUACUGCGGGAUGCGUUAAAGAAGAGCGGGACUGUCCCGCGAAAGGCGGGACUGUUGGGCGUGUGGAUCGGUCGGUGAGAGCCUUCAGCAAUGGAUGCAGCCACACCAGGAAAUGGCGGCAUAAUAUCAGAUGUUGUCUUUGUCAUAGAGGGAACGGCUAAUUUAGGACCUUACUUUGAAUCACUACGGAAACAUUACCUGCUACCUGCAAUAGAGUAUUUUAACGGUGGACCUCCCGCAGAGACCGACUUUGGAGGAGAUUAUGGCGGCACCCAGUACAGCCUGGUCGUUUUUAAUACGGUGGACUGUGCUCCAGAGUCCUACGUCCAAUGUCACGCCCCCACCAGCAGUGCUUAUGAAUUUGUCCAGUGGCUGGACAGCAUAAAAUUUAUGGGAGGUGGAGGUGAGAGCUGCAGUCUGAUUGCUGAGGGGCUAAGCACUGCCCUACAACUGUUCGAUGACUUCAAAAAGAUGAGGGAACAGAUUGGGCAGACUCACAAGGUGUGCAUCUUGAUUUGCAACUCCCCUCCGUAUCUGCUGCCAGCUGUAGAGAGCACAACCUACUCUGGAUACACAACGGAGAACCUUGUACAGAAGAUUGGGGAGAGAGGAAUCCAUUUCUCCAUCAUCUCCCCACGCAAACUGCCAGCAUUACGGACUCUCUUUGAGAAAGCCAUGCCUGUGGGCAUGAUUGAACAGCAGCCUAAGGACUAUAGCCAGGAUCCUCGACACAUGAUACUUGUACGUGGAAUGGUUCUUCCAGUAGGGGGAGCUACGUCUGUUCCAGGAGUCAUUCCACUAAAACAGCCUAUUUCCCAGCCGCCACUCCCAGUUAUUCCACCUCAAAUUGCAAAUGCUCCUCCGCAUCAACUCCCACCUGUCCAGCCACCUUAUAUGCAGGUUCCUCCGCAGAAUACUUUGACUCCAGCACAUGCUGCUGCCCAGUCUGCGGUUGAAGCUGCAAAGAAUCAGAAAACCAACCUCCCAAAUCGCUUUCCGCUUCCAAACCUUAAUCAGAUGCCGACUGCACCAGCUAUCGGUUCACCAUUUAACCAACCACCUGCCCCCACAAUGCCUCCGAUUGCUUCAGUACCCAAGAUGGUUGCUUCCACUGCCUCCUUAAUGACACCUGCUUCUCAAUCCAGUCUUGUCACUACGGUAACCACAGGUCCUGGACCAGCACCUGUACAAUUGCAGCAGCAGGGAGCUCCGCAACAGUCUGUUCCUCCACCCAUGCCCAUAGCAGGAGCUGCUGGGGGAGUCCAGGCCCCACAACCUUCACAGCCUCAGAUGGGAACUGCACAGUUGCCCUGCACACAAACCCCUGUUAAUGGCAAUAAAUUACUAGCCUGGAGUGGGGUGCUAGAGUGGCAGGAGAAGCCUCGGUCAGUGUCUGUGGACAACAACGCCAAACUAACUCGCUCCCUCCCGUGUCAAGUGUACGUCAACCCUGGAGAAAAUCUAAAAACAGAUCAGUGGCCACAAAAACUUAUCAUGCAGCUCAUCCCACAGCAACUUCUGACUACACUCGGACCUCUGUUCAGGAAUUCUCGCAUGGUUCAAUUCCACUUCACCAACAAGGACCUAGAAUCUCUGAAAGGCCUAUACCGUAUCAUGGGCAGUGGCUUUCAGGCAGGUUGCGUACACUUCCCGCACACAACCCCAUGUGAAGUCAGGGUCCUCAUGCUUCUCUACUCCUCCAAAAAGAAGAUCUUCAUGGGGCUUAUUCCUAAUGACCAGAGCGGCUUUGUCAAUGGUAUCCGACAGGUGAUCACAAACCAUAAGCAAGUUCAGAUGCAGAAGAUUGACCAACAGCGAAAUAUGGGAGCUGGCCAAGCUGUGGGCGCUGGAUCUGUUCCUGCCAACUCUCAAGCCUUCCUCCAGAAACAGCCGGGUAAUCUACCAGUGGCACAGGCUGUACCCCAACAGAUGCAAGUCCAGCAGGUGGGCCCCGGCAUGCCCUCCAUCAACCAAGUCACUAUGAUGGAUGAGCAACAGAGAGCACAGAAUAUGCUCCACAUCAGAGUGCAGCAACCACAGCAGACAGCCUCUCAGGCACCACCACAAGCCACACAAACCUCUGUUCAAGCACCUGGCCAGCCUCAGAACCCACAGGCAGGAGCAAUGCUCAGACCACAGAAUCCUGGUGCCAACCCACAGCUACGCAACCUCCUCCUGAGCCAACAGCCUCCUCAGACCAGUGUCCCUCAAACACAGCAGCCAUUGCACCAUAUGCAGCAAGCGGCCCAGGGCAUGCUCCCACAUCAGGCUAUGGGCCAGCAGAUGCAGCACCAGGCUCCAGGCCAGCAGCAACUCCAGCUUUCAGGGCAAACACUAAUGCACCAAGCCCCUGCGCAGCAAUGGGGUAACCAGAUGCAACAGAGAGCCCCAAUUCCAGGGACACUGAUGAUGAACACUGGCCCUCGUGGCCCUGUCCCACAGCCAGGCCUACAGCAAGUACAGGCCCAGAGUGUCAUGGAAGAUGACAUCUUAAUGGACCUUAUUUGAGGAUAAUCUAAGGAAAAGAAGACUGUACCAAUUUCCAAAUGAUAUCAGUCCUGCAGGAUUCUUCUGGAAUUCAUCCGCUAUCAAUCAACUUUUGUCGCUUUCUUGAUAUAUUAGGUGGAUUAUUUGGUGGUCUCUGCUCCCUGUAGUCUAAAUAUUAAAUCAUAGGACUUGUUGAGACUCAUCUGAGUAGAGUUGCUGCCUGGACUCCUUGGUUCCCCAUACAGGUUUGUAUAUAAUCCUAUCCUCGCUGUUUAUAUUCGCCCAGGGAUUGGUGUCCCCUGUUGCAGGAAAACACGGACAAACUUAAAACGUAACGCCACCGAACUGCUUCAGUUUUGACCAUUGUUGACUUACAGGUCCUUUUUUAUAGCAGACUUUUUCUUUUGUUAUAUCGGAAAAUGAGCUUUUACAGGUAUAAAAUAAGAUGUCGGGGAAAAAAAAUAAAAAGUUUUAGAAAA